ACAGCGGGCAUUCCUUAUCACGUGAUCAGCGAGAGCAUCUUUUAGGUCCAUUUUGGAUGAUAGCGAGAGCUCUUGUAGCUAGCUACGACACCCGAAAAUGACUAAAUUGCAGUUUUUAAAUGUAUUUUUGACCGAGCGGCUUAUGCUCGCUGCCCAGGAGAUCUAUAAAUCCGUCGAAGACACGAUUUUGGAAUACCAAGAGGAGAUUGCGCUCAGGGAGAGGGAGAACGACCAUCUGAGACGUCGGCUUCGAGACGCUGGGAUUGAAAUAUGGCCAGACCGUCAGUCCAUGGCACUAUUGGAGGAGGAGGAUAGCGAGCAUCCCCGCCGGGAGUGGAGCCCCAGUAUGGGCCAUGAGGAGCGCAUCCCCAUCCUGAUCAAGGAGAAACGGGAGCUCAGGUACAGCCAGGGGGACGAUCAGCUUCGCGGCCACGGCUCCUGCAGCACCCCAGAGUCCAUGUUCACCCCUCCCCGCGUCAGCAACGAAUACCCCCAGGACCCUCCCCACUCCUCCAACCUGCCCCAGAACCCGUCGGUGGAGAACAGAGAGAGGGAGCCUGGUCCCAGAAGCUCAUCCAGACACGUCAAAUCAGAAGGGUCCCACAGAGGCUCAUCGUCGUCUUCAUCCAACAGCGGCCCGCAGCCCCUGGCCACAGUCAACCCCAACUGCUCCAACGAGAACAUUGACAUCAUUGGGGUGGAGAACGGAGGGCAGAUGUCGGCGGCUAAAGGACGAGCCGGCGGGAGCAGAGGUCAGGGCUCCCACUUAGGCAACCAGGGCGCUAAUUCCACCGCGGCCGCAGAGUGUGGAAAAUCUCCUCUCCAGGUGCACGUGUCGUCGUUCUGCUGCAGGGUGUGCGGGGAGACGUUCAGCCACGUCGGACACCUGCAUGUCCACGUCCAGGUGCACACCCGAGAAAAGCCGUAUCGCUGCGGGGUGUGUGGUAAGUGCUGCAGCUCCUCCGGCAGGCUCCAGGAGCACGCCAGGAGUCACACUGGAGAGAAGCCGUACCGCUGCCAGAGCUGUGGAAAAGGAUUUACCCAGAUGGCCCAUCUCAAGGUCCACAUGCGUAUCCACACAGGAGAGAAACCCUACAGCUGCCCCGUGUGUGGCAAGUGUUUCAGCCGCUCUGACAAAAUCAAACGUCACCUCCAGACCCACAGCCGCGAGGGCACCUACUUCUCGGGGCAGUGAGAUGAGGGAGACGCCACCGCUGGUUGUUCUUGUUGUUAAUGAACGACUGAGUCUCGGUAUAUGAAUGAAUUGCUGAUUAUGGGACAUUUUUAAAAAGCUAAAAUUGCUGCCACUAAGACGAGGCUUGUUUUUUUUCUCACUCUCUCUCUCUGAGCUAUUCUGUGACUUUCUUAGAAUGUUUUAUCUCUCCUCUAAGUAACAGUUCUCUCCAUGCCAUAGUCUAUCUCUCAUGCAAUAGGAUUUGUAUUGCAGUAUAGUCAAUUUAGUAUGUGUCCAUUUUUUUCUUUUUGUAUUUGAGUUAUUAGCUAGUAUUUCCUAAUUAUUUAGUAUUUUAGUAAUAAGCUUGAUAGCAUGAUGAUAAUGAAGUCUUCCGCUAUGCGCCUUGAACGGAGUGCAUUCAGGAUUGCAACAAUGCAGCGUUCCAAUACGUGGUCUUGCCCCAGAUGAUUUGCACAGGGCCAAUUUACACCAAUUUCAAGUUUCUAAAAGCAAUGGUUAUUUUAGAAUUUAAUUUAUUUUUGAUAAAGUAUAUCACAGCCUCUUCUAACACCCUGAAAUCUGAUUUCCUGAAUCACCUGGCUGAAAUUCGUAAGCUGUUUUUAUUUGUGUUUUUUAAUGAACACUGGCUAACCGUAUGGGCAUCGUUUAUAAACAGUUGUCCAUUCUUUGAGUUUCCAAAUAUGGAUAUAAAGUAGACAUAUUAGCCAUUGUUAGUUCGGGUGAGGUCAGGGGUGGGCAUUACGGUUAGCAAUAGCCCUGCCUGCUGUAUUCUAUGUUUCCGUACGGUUAGCCACAUAAAGCCUCCCUGAUAUACUCAAUUUUAAAGAAGCAUUGCCUCUCCCUCAAUCACAUCAACAGCGUCAUUGCAUUUUGGUACACCAGAAGUAUUCUGAACAAAAAUAUAAACGUAACAAUUUCAACUAUUUUACUGAGUUCAUAUAAUGAAAUCAGUCAAUUGAAAUAAAUUCAUUAUGUCCUAAUAUAUGGAUUUCACAUGAAUGGGCACGGGCACAGCCAUGGUUGGGCCUUGGAGGGCAUAGGCCCACCCACUGGGGAGCCAAGGCCAGCCAGUCAGAAUGAGUUUUUCCUACAAAGGUGCUUUAUUACAAUUUAGACACACAUAUCCCUUAGUUUCAUCAGCUGUCCGGGUGGCUGGUCACAGACAAUCCAGCAAGUGAAGAAGUCUGAUGUGGAGGUUCAGGGCUGGCGUGGUUACACUUGAUCUGCGGUUCUGAGGCCGGUUGGACGUACUGCCAAAUUCUCUAAAAUGACUUGAGGCGGCUUAUGGUAGAGAAAUUAACAUUAAAUUCUCUGGCAACAGCUUUGGUGGACAUUCCUGCAGUCAGCAUGCCAAUUGCAUGCUCCCUCAACUUGAGAUGUCUGUGGCAUUCUGUUGUGACAAAACUGCACAUUUUAGAGUGGCCUUUUGUUGUCCCCAGCACAGGGUGCACCUGUGUCAAGAUCAGCUUGUUGAUAUUCCACACCUGUCAGGUGGAUGGAUUAUCUUGGCAAACAAGAAAUGCUCCAUACAGGGAUGUAAACAAAUUUGUGCAAAACAUUUGAGAGAAAUACGCUUUUUGUGUAUAUGAAACAUUUCUGGCAUCUUUUAUUUCCGCUCAUGAAACAUGGGACUAACACUUAUUUUUGUUAUAUUUUUGUUCAGUAUACAUACAUUUCCAAUAGAACGCUGCAUUGUAGUGCGUUCUGUGUGGUGCAUGCGUUGGAUAUAUCCAACGUAUGCAUCAAAUUGUAUGGUAGAGAUAUGCGUUCAGUGUGGUGCAUGCGUUGGAUAUAUCCAACGUAUGCAUCAAAUUGUAUGGUAGAGAUACGCGUUCUGUGUGGUGCAUGCGUUGGAUAUAUCCAACGUAUGCGUCAAAUUGUAUGGUAGAGAUACGCGUUCAGUGUGUUUGCGUAGCAACGCAAAAUGAUAUGCAAUGGUGCUGUCAGUCUGAUCAAGGCAUUAGUCACGGUUGCAGAACUGUAUACUGCCCCCUGAAUUUCAGUCAACUUGUAACUGAUACAAUAACAUACUAUUGUCACAGAGGAGUCAACACCGAGACUGCUAUUCUGCAAGAUACAUUUGACGUUGGUGAUGAUCAUUCUGUGUAUGACCACUAUCUAUCCCCCACCUCUGAUGCGGAUAGGGAUUGUGUGUCCUCUAAGACCUGCACUACUACAGAAAUUUAACCAACACGGUGCAGGGAAAGACCGAUUCCUCAGCUGAGUCGUACAGUAUUUUACCCUGUAUGUGUCUGUGCUGCUUGUUUCAAGAGGAUUGGUCCUGAGCUAGGUUGCUGCUGCACAUAUAUUCACUAUACUAAAUAUCUAGUAAUGGUGGCCAGUUGUUUGCAAGUGUAAAAUACAUUUUUUUCAGACCCUAAUCAAGGUUUCUCCUGGAAUAAAAAGCACUUUAGUGUAUAUUGUGAAAGCAUUUAAUCCAGGAGUAUUAAAUGCCGAGCUGAGACCAAUGCUCAUGAACAAGCAGUAGGCCUAUGGCCCAUACCAGAUACAAACCACAGCCCCCAUCACUUAGGCCAAGUGUCUUGGGCAAUAGGGGCUAUGGGGUUGUCACAAGACAGGGCCUUUAUCACCUCUCAGGACUGAGGCUACUACAGUAGGCCGUCUAACUCGAUCGACAUCCCUCCAGUCUCUUCCCCACAGUCUAUUCUGGGACACUGCUGCUCCCACACACAUUACUGUACAGUGUUGUAUCAUUGUGUACUAAAUGUUAUUUUUUAAUAAACUAGUAACUGAC